AUGGAUGAAUAUGAAUAUAACUACAGUUGCGAUUUAGAAAAUUAUCCGAAUAAUUUUGAGAAUAAUGUAAGUUAUCAUGAUAUUAAUUACUUAAAUGUGGAUAGAACAUUUGAUAAUUUUGGAAAUGAUUUAUAUUUAUGUGAUGAAGCUAUAGAAGAGGAUAACGAAAAAGAAUAUUUUUCAUCCUUAAAUAAUAAUAAUCUUUUAAAAAAUGAAAAAGAAUUAGAAAAAAUGAUUAACAAUAAUUCAAUUAUUAAGAAAAGAAAAAUUUGUAAUGAUUCCAUUUUUAAUAAUAAAAAAGUUAAAAAUAAUGAAAACUUAUGUAUUAUAUGUUUAAAAAAUGAAAAAAAGUAUAAAUUUACAUGUUGUUAUGAAUAUUAUUGCUCCUUACAAUGCUUUAAUAAACAUAAUAAAAAAGAUUGUUGUAAGAAAAAAAAAAAAAAAUUAAAUGAAAUAAAAAAUACAAAUAGUGAUAAUCAUGGUAGUUUAAUAAAUAAUAACUUUUAUGUUUUAAAUAAUAAUAAAAUCUAUGAAUCGAAUGAAGAUUACACAGAAGAUAAUAUCCUUACAGAAGAGCAAAAGUAUAAGUUAAAAGAAGAUUUAGAAUUAAAGUUACUGCUAAAAAAUAAGUAUGUUCGUUCAAUUUUUAAGCAGUUUACAUCGUCAAAUGAUAAAAUAUCGUAUUUAUCUCAUUAUAUAAAUGAUCCAACAAUUAUACAAGUUAUUGAUCAAAUUAUGAAAACAAUAGAUAAUUGA